AUGCCUCGGCAUAUGGCUUUCCGCACCUUGAAGCUGUUUAACAAAAUGCUGAGCAGCAACUUUCACUUCAUUAUCGAUGGCGAAGAGCUAGACUCAAUAAAGUACACGGGAUUAGUACAAUCUAGCUCAUACUCGGCAUACCCUCCUCCGCCAUGGCAACCAACAAUCCUCUUGAAAACAUCUACUCAGCGUCGUCACCAACAAUAUCUUCCACGGUGCACGCAAUCGCGGGAAUUCUAACCACUGUCUAUGGUCUGCGUGAAUUACCGUCUGAUAUCAAAGAGCUUGCUGUUCUAUGGUUACUACACCCUCGUCUACAGGAUCAAACUUCAAUGGCUCCAAUCGCUGCAGAUGCGAUCAACCAUUGGAACGCUCGCAAUGACCGUGGCAAGAAAGGUCUGAUUGCAGUAUCUUUCGACCAACGCAAUCACGGUUCUCGCCUUGUGAACAAACUUGCCAACGAAGCAUGGCGCCAGGAAAACCCACGCCACGCGCAAGACAUGUAUUCCAUCUACCAAGGAACAGCCAUGGACACAUCCCUCCUACUUACACAUCUUCCAUCAUACCUACCACUGCACCUCCCACAACCUGCUGAGCACCUCGUUCUUGGAGUCUCGCUGGGUGGUCACGCAGCUUGGCAUUGCCUGCUCCAGGAACCGCGCAUAACCGCUGGUGUUGUGGUCAUCGGUUGCCCAGACUUCUCGAGGCUCAUGCUGCAGCGAGCAGAGAAGUCACGUCUCAAGACGUUCGGGCCCAACUUCUUGGGCUCGCCUGAUUUUCCGCCUGCGCUUGUGCAAGCUGUAUGCGAAUCCGAUCCAGCAGGCCUACUCCUCCCGCCGGAGAUGAGGGCUCCCGCGCAGGUGCACGAUAUUGUGCCCUUCACGUUUGCGAGAGAGCGUCUGUCUACCCUCCUAAGCGCAACCCUGGGCAACAAAUCAAUUCUCAAUCUUUCCGGCGGGGCAGACAAGUUGGUUCCCUAUGCUCAGAGCGAGACAUUCUUGAGGUUCCUCAAGGCUGCUAUUGACCCUGAGAAAGGCUGGUGGAAGAACAACGGUGUCGUACUCGAGGACAAAAUCUUUGAUGGCAUCGGCCACGAGUACACGCAUGAGAUGAGAGACGUAUCAGUCAAAUUCAUUGCCGAUGUGUUGGCUGGAAAGGUCAAAAAUGCAGCAGGAAGUAACACGUCAUCUAAGGUGAGCAAGAUCUAACUCUCAGUGAGGAUGACUAGAAACAUAAAAACAAACGUACAGAGAGGAUAGGAAAGAAAACAUAAGAUUAUAUGUAAAAACCACUCCACAUCAGCUUCUACUGUACAUAGCAUCCCAUGCAUGGAACAAGCACACAGUGUAUGCCACACAGCAACGAGCAAACAAAACGGCAUUUUGUCGAGUCAAAAGCGACAAUCCAUUUCACCCCUUCCUCCUCGAAAAUCAGAAAAUAUUAGAACUAUAUGAACAGAUUCUCCUUUCCACCACUUUCCACUUUCUCUGCAAUUGAUGGGCACAAAAAGG